UUAUAAGAAAAAAAUUAGUAAAAAAAUUGAUCAUUAUAUUUAUACAUUAAUGCAUGACAUUAGAGAUAAUACUAAAAGUGUUGAAUAAAUCCAACGGCCAGAAGCGUAUGUACAAGUGUUGGAGCAAAAAGGGGGAAGGAAAAGCUUCACAGUGAAGCAGAAAUAUAGAUACAAUUAAGGUGUCUCUAUCUGUAUUCUCUCAAUCAACUGCUCCAUUUUUGCUGCCCUCAUCACUCUGUUAUGAGUUGUACUAACUCCCCCGACACCGCCAAAAUUACCAUCAUGCCCUCCCGCCGCCUCCUCUCUCCUCCGGCGCCGGCCCACCACCCGACCAACCACAUCCUGCCGCCCCUCGCCGGCGGAUUGACGGCGGCUUUUUCGUGCCUCCUCCUCCUGGUCCUCUGCUUCCGCAGAAUCAGCAAGAAACGCACCGCCCCUUCCGCCUCCGACACCGACUCCAAGAAACCCCCUCUGCGCCUCUCCUACUCCCUCCUCCGCCGCGCCACUUCCAAUUUCUCCCCCUCCCUCCGCCUGGGCCAGGGCGGCUUCGGCUCCGUCUACCGCGCCGAGUUCAAGCCGGGCUACCACUUCGUUAAAGAUUCGGGAUUUACUCUAUCCCAUGGCGCUGUCAAGCUCAUGGAUUCGGGGUCUUUGCAAGGUGAGCGUGAGUUUCAGAAUGAAUUGCUUUUUUCUUCCAAGAUCGACUGUAAAUAUGUUGUUUCCGUUGUGGGUUUCUCCUCGAGCCCCAAGAAACGUCGGAUGCUUUUAGUUUAUGAGCUUAUGGAGAGCGGUAGCUUGCAAGAUUGUCUUUUUCAUAAGAAGAGUGAGGAGUUGAAAAAUUGGGAUAAGAGGUUUAUGAUUGCUCUUAAUAUAGCGAAGGGGUUAGAGUAUCUCCACCAUUAUUGCGAUCCGCCGAUCAUUCAUGGCGAUAUUAAGCCCAGUAAUAUUCUGUUAGAUGCUAGUUUUAAUGCCAGGAUUGGUGAUUUUGGGUUAGCGAGGUUCAAGGCCGAGGAUAAUGUUAUUGUGGAAGGUGAGGUGAAGAAGGAGGGCAAUUUGGGGAAUGGGCUGGAUGAUAAUGGAUCCAUGGUGGAGGAGACGGAGAGUGUGAUCACCACAAGUGGGUUCGAGGAAGGUAAUAAUCUGCAUAAUCUGGCUGGUGUUGAUAGCACACCUGAAAGUGUGAUUGUUAGAGUUGAGGCCUCGCCUGAGGCAGUUUCGGUGGUGGAGAUGUCACCGGAGAUGGAAGCAGCUCCUGUGGUUUCUCCUAGGACAGUAGCUGCAAUGGCUUCACCUUCUGAUGGAUUGGAAAAGACUAGUGUCUCCGAGGGGAACUUUGAUAGGUUUAGCGCUGACAGCGGGUGUGAAAGGAGUGGGUGGAAGAAGAAGAAAAAGAAGAGCGUUUCAGGGAAAGAUUGGUGGUGGAAGCAAGAUACGGGAGCGGACGGGGAGUCGGGCAAGGUUAAGGAUUAUGUGAUGGAGUGGAUAGGGAAUGAGAUCAAGAAGGAGAGGCCGAAAAGUGACUGGAUUGGGGCAUCAUCGAGUUCUAGGGUUGUGGGGAAGAUGGAAAAGAAGAAGAAGAAACGAAGGCAGUUAGACUGGUGGGUCUCGUUGGAUGAUGAAAAGAAUGUGAAGAAAGAAAGGAGAAGGCCUGCGAGGGAGUGGUGGAAGGAGGAGUACUGUGAAGAGUUGGAGAGGAAGAAAAAGAAGAAGAAGAAGAAACAAGCUCAAGGGUCCAUGAGUGAUGAUUGUUAUAACGAAAAUUGGUGGCCGAGGGAUGAUGAGCUGUAUGCUGAUGGAAAGAAGAAAAGGAGCCGGAGCAGGAGUAGAAGCAGGGGUGGUAGUAGGGGAAGCAUGGACUGGUGGUUGGAUGGUAUCAGCGGUGAGCUUUGGAAAGCGAGGAAGAAUAGCUACGACUCUGUUAGUGGGGAGAUACCCAAGAGUGGUGGUGUUAGUAGCACACCAAGUAUGAGAGGAACUGUAUGCUACAUUGCACCAGAGUAUGGCGGUGGUGCUGAUGUAUCUGAGAAGUGUGACGUCUAUAGUUUUGGGGUUCUGUUAUUAGUUCUGAUCGCUGGACGUAGACCACUUCAGGUGACAGGGUCCCCAAUGUCGGAGUUCCAGAGAGCCAAUCUGCUGUCAUGGGCACGGCAUCUUGCUCGUGCUGGGAAGCUUCUUGAUUUGGUUGAUAAGAAUAUUCAGUCUUUUAAUAAAGAGCAAGCCUUGCUAUGCAUCACAGUGGCGCUUCUGUGCCUGCAGAAAUCACCUACCCGUCGGCCUUCAAUGAAAGAUGUAGUGGGGAUGCUGACUGGAGACGUAGUGUCCCCUCAGCUACCGGUUGAAUUUUCACCUUCCCCUCCUUCUCGCUACCCGUUUAAGUCUCACAAGAAGGUCCGGUGAGUGGCGGUUUCUCAUAACAAGUUGUAGAUUGUCUGAUUUAUGUAAAGAAAAGAAACUAUCAAAUUUAAGAAUGCAUCUCGAGCUCUGAUUACAUAUACUUUGUGGUUGCUGCAUUUCACAUGUUGGGAUAGUGUUUCAGUUGUAGUUAUUUUGUGACUGGUAACUUCAAUUUGACCUCUGUAUUUGCAGUUCCAACAAAUGCUAAUAGAUAUUGGAUACCAUUUCAGUUUCUUAAUUA